UGAAAUAACACAGGUUUUUCCCAGCGGGCGGCGGCCAGAAGUGGCACAGCCAGGGACCACAUUAGCAGCACUAGUAGCGUUACCCCAACGGGGGACGAAGCAACUUUUAGUUUUACACAAACCGGCUUUCGUCAGCGAUCACAUUGAUGUCGGUGUGCACGAGGUCCCUCGCGAGAUGCUGAAAGAGGCCGGCAUGAUUUUGCCAUCCGACGGUGGAUUUCUAUUGCCGACAAGAAAAGUAGAAGCGCGUGGCGCACCCGCUAUUGCGGUGGAGGGCAAGAGCUACUACACAACGACACGUCGAAGUGAAAAAGCGCCCAUUCACCAGCUGAGGUCGAGAAUGAAAUUGCUGCGACGUCCCUCUGCUAGUAAACGUUUCUCCGCCGAUGAUAAAGAAGCUACUUUAGUGCAG